ACCCCAUCAGCUGUUCAGAAGAUAAAACAGCUUCUUAAAGAUAAACCUGAGCAUGUAGGUGUGAAAGUAGGUGUUCGUACAAGAGGAUGCAAUGGUCUUUCUUACACGUUAGAAUAUACAAAAUCAAAAGGAGACUCUGAUGAAGAAGUAAUCCAAGAUGGAGUUAGAGUGUUUAUUGAGAAAAAGGCACAGCUGACACUUCUAGGAACUGAAAUGGACUAUGUGGAAGACAAACUGUCCAGUGAAUUUGUCUUCAAUAAUCCAAACAUCAAAGGAACAUGUGGCUGUGGAGAAAGCUUUAACAUCUGAAAUCUCAGGACUACUUCUUUGACUUUGAAAACCCCAAAACACUUACUGUUAUGGCUUUUGGAAGCAAAUGCAUUUUCUUCAGGUUUGUGGGCAGUGUAAAGUGUGGAUACCAUUAAGAAAAAUAAAUCAUUUUGAAAAUGUAAAUUGGGUAUUAAAUUCCAUCAUUGAUGUAGUUAUGCUGUAAUCUGUGAUAAGUUGGGAUCCAAAAGGUAAGAACAGUAAGAGCUGUAGUAACAUCUCUCUGCUUUCACAAGCCAAGGAAAUAAAAUCUCACUGUUCUUUUCCUUUGUCAUUUUCUUUGUUCACUGUAAUUACACUUCCCUAUCCAGACCCCAUUUGAAUAUAUUGCCUAUGUGUUCUGCUUUGAUUUGGGGAUAGAAAAAAAAAGCAAAAACCAAAAA